AUGCAAAAAGAUUAUAAUUAUUUAUUUAAAAUAUCUAUUGUAGGUGGUAGGGGAAGUGGAAAAACCUGUUACUUUAAUAGAUAUAUAGAAGAUAGCUUUGAACCCUUGGAUUCGUCCCCUUCCUUUGAAGAUAAUCAUACGGGUAGUGGUCUUAGAAGAAAAACGAUUAAUUUUAAUGAUAACUGUAUCAUAAGACUUCUACUGUUUGAUUAUAAUAAUAAUUCAAUAUUUAGAAUCGAUGAUGAAUUCUAUGAAGAAAUUCAAAGGUCCAAUGGAAUUAUUUUAACAUAUGAUAUCUGUAAUAGAAGUUCAUUUAAUGAUUGUAUAAGAGAUUAUCAAAUUAUAAAUCCAAAUGGAUCUGAUAGAUACCGAAUUAUUUUGGUUGGAACAAAAUUAGAUAUAGCUGAAAUUGAUGAAAAAAAAAGAAAAGUGACUUAUGAUGAAGGAAAAUUAUUUGCAGACCAACAAGGGCUAGAAUUUUAUGAAACCUCUUCAAAACAAAAUAUUGGUGUUCACCAAUCCAUGUUGACUUUAAUUGGUCAAAUAUUAGAUGGGAUAGAAAAUAAAUAUAAUGAUAGCAAUAGCAAUAGCAAUAAUAAUAAUAAUAAUAAUAAAUCAAAAUGCACUAUUCAAUAA